GGUAAAAUGAAAUCUAUUCAAGCUACUUUAGUUUUGGAAGUCUUUUCUUUGCUGCUUGUCGUCACUCCAAGUUGUGCACUACAAAGAGCUCCUCGGAUCAUCACACUAUUGGAGACCGUGGACGUGCUACUGGACCAUAAUGCCACUUUUAUCUGUGAAGUGGAGUCCCGCCCGUCUGCUGACAUCACCUGGACCAAGAACAACCAUCAAAUUAUGUACUAUGAGCAGCGCUACAUAACCAAGGAGCAGGGUCAAAUGCUGAUCAUCCCACAUGUGAGAGAGUCGGACAAUGGAGAGUACUGCUGUAUUGCUAGUAAUGGUAUCGGAGAACCGGCCAAGAGCUGUGGAGCACUGCAGCUAAAAAUGAAACCACAAAUCAAGCGCCAUCCCACCAACGUCACCUUGCUGAUUGAUUCCAAAGCGGUGUUGCCGUGCGUUACGUUCGGCAACCCCAAACCCGAUGUCACCUGGCUGAAAGACGAUGAGCUUAUCAAGCUGAGUGAGCGUGUGACCAUCUUGGACUAUGGAGCGCUGAAGAUCCACAACAUUCAGAAAGAGGAUGCAGGCCAGUACCGGUGUGUGGCCCGGAACAGUUUUGGAUUGGCCUUCUCCAAACCAGUCACCAUAGAAGUGCAAGCGCCGGCGCGGAUCCUGCGUGUUCCAAAAGAGAAAAGGGUCGCAUAUGGCAGCCAGAUCUCCUUGGAGUGCAAUGCAACGGGCAACCCCAUCCCCACCAUCACCUGGCUGGAGAACGGAAAUACUAUCUCUGGUGCUUCCGUGGAUGAAACCCUGGUAGCAGACGUGAUCCUUUCUGUUCUGAAGGUGACUGUAACUAAACCGGCCCUGUACACUUGCCUGGCCUCCAACAAACACAGCGCUGGAGCCAACACAGUCAAAGCCACAGCCAGAGUCACUGUUGCAGAGUGGAGACUCUACAAGGGGGUAACGGGCUACUGCAGCGCCUAUCGUGGUGAUGCGUGUCGGGGCAUCCUUCGAGACGACUCCCUGGUUUUCUUUAACUCUUCUCUGUCAGACCCUGAGGACACGCAGGAGUACCUGGUGCAGAGCUCGUGGAACAACCUGGAGGGCCUCAGUAGCACGUGCGCUCCGGCGGUACGAUCCCUGCUGUGUCACUCCGCGUUUCCUGACUGUAACCCCUCGGGCUUAGGACCUGCUCCCAAACCAGUCUGCAGGGAGCAUUGUCUGGCAGUGAAGGAGCUGUACUGCCAUAAGGAGUGGAUGAUUCUGGAGAGCAGCACCUCAGUACAGUCUGGCCUUUAUGGUCCUCUCAGUGGACCUCUGUCUCCUUCUUUACACCUGCCCAACUGCCUGGCCUUACCCAGUCUGCACGCCAACCCCGACACCUGCACACAUGUUCCCUUUGUCGACAUCAAGAGAAAUGAAGUUACAGCGUUCUGCUACAACGAGAGAGGGCGUUUUUACCAGGGGGAUGUAAACGUGACCAGAUCAGGAAUACCAUGUCAGGCGUGGAGCCAGCAGGAACCCCAUCAACAUCGACUGUCUGUGGAUGUCAUUCCUGAAUUAAAGGACUCGGAAAACUUCUGCCGGAAUCCUGGAGGCAUCAGUGAGAAACCCUGGUGUUUUACAGCCAAUCCCAACAUCCGCUGGGAGUACUGUGCUGUGCCUCAGUGUGGAGAGACUGAGAAAGUUGUGCAGCCGGACCCCUCUCCCCCUCGGCUGAUUCCCCCCUUCCCCCCGGUGACCACCACCUCCCCGACCUACUCCAUGUCUGUCAUAGUCAUCGUCAUGACGUCACUGGCUGCUGCGGUCAUCCUCACUAUGCUCAUACUGGCCUGUCACCGACGCAGGAAACACUGGAGGAAUCGGAAGAGAGUAAUGGAGACCCCCACGCUGACCACCCUUCCCUCCGAGCUCCUGUUGGACCGCCUUCACCCAAACCCCAUGUACCAGCGAGUGCCCCUCCUGCUCAACUCCAAACUGCUGGCCCUGGAAUACCCUCGCAAUAACAUCCAGUAUGUCCGGGAUAUCGGAGAGGGAGCCUUCGGGAGGGUUUUCCAGGCCCGCGCUCCGGGACUGCUGCCAAUGGAGACAUUCACGAUGGUGGCUGUGAAGAUGCUGAAGGAGGAAGCAUCGGCCGAUAUGCAAAAUGACUUCCAACGAGAGGCGGCGCUUAUGGCCGAGUUCGACCAUCCAAAUAUUGUCAAGCUUCUAGGUGUGUGUGCAGUGGGCAAACCCAUGUGUCUCAUGUUCGAGUACAUGGCCCACGGAGACCUGAACGAAUUCCUCAGGCGGCGCGCUCCCACCCAGUCCAGUCGCGCCGUGAGCCGAGCUAGCAUGUCCAUCCGCAGCUUCGCCUCCGAGUCCGACUGUCCCGGGCUCACCUGCACCGAACAAUUCUUCAUUUCCAAGCAGAUAGCCGCGGGGAUGGCCUACCUCUCCGAACGCAAAUUUGUGCACCGUGACCUGGCCACCCGGAACUGUCUGGUCGGGGAAGACAUGGUUGUGAAGAUCGCAGAUUUCGGACUAUCUCGGAACAUCUAUUCUGCCGAUUACUACAAAGCCAACGAAAACGACGCUAUUCCGAUUCGCUGGAUGCCCCCGGAAUCCAUUUUCUACAACCGCUACACUACGGAGUCGGACGUGUGGGCAUACGGGGUGGUGCUAUGGGAGAUAUUCUCACAUGGUAUGCAGCCAUAUUACGGGAUGGGUCACGAGGAGGUCAUAUACUACGUAAGGGACGGUCACAUUUUAUCCUGCCCGGAGAACUGCCCCGUAGAGCUGUACAAUCUCAUGAGACUUUGUUGGAGCACUCAUCCGGCGGAUAGGCCUAGCUUUAGCAGUAUCCACCGAAUACUAGAGCGCAUGUACCAGACGACGGUCAACACUAACGCGGAAGUAGUUAGCACAGAAAAAAUCAGUACUGAGACGCCAAACCCUGAGAAGGAGGCAGACUGCUGAAGGUAAAAAGCUACGUGACCACUUAAAGACUUCUAAAUACCAGCGGUG